AUGGCUCAGGUGGAGGCUGUCAGCUUUGGCGCCGAACUCAAGGACGGUUACAAACCUGUGGAUAACUGGGUCGGUCUUGGUAUAGGUUGGCUCUCGGAGAUUCAAGAAUUCUACCAAGAACGCUCUGCCAUCGAGAAAGAAUACAGCCAAAAGUUGACUGCGUUGGCAAAGAAAUACUACGAUCGGAAAUCCAAGAAGUCCAGCAAUCUGAGCGUUGGUGACAACCCUGCUCUGACGCCGGGCUCUUUGGAAGCCGCUUCUCUCACCACUUGGACCACUCAACUCUCCACCUUAGAAGCCCGCGCAAACGAACAUGGCAAGUUUGCCCAAGACUUGCUCAGUCAAGUCUCCACCCCACUGGAAUACAACGCAAGGAAACUCGACGAGUUGAGGAAGAGCCAUGCGGAUUAUCAGACCAAGCUGCUCAAGGAACGAGACUCCUCCUACGGUGAUCUCAAAAAACUAAAAGGAAAAUACGACACUGUUUGUCAAGAGGUCGAAAACCGGAGAAAGAAGGCCGAGUCGUCUUUCGACAAGAGCAAGGCCCAGAGUUCAUACAAUCAGCAACUCAUGGAGAUGAACAAUAUCAAGAACACCUACCUGAUCGGAAUCAAUGUCACAAAUAAAUUAAAGGAGUGUUACUAUCAUGAAUAUGUUCCCGAACUCCUUGACUCGCUACAAGAUCUCAAUGAGACUCGAGUCUCCAAAUUGAACUCCAUCUGGCUAAUUGCCGCUGCUCUCGAAGCCAAUACCUUGAAGAGAAGUUCUGAUCAUAUUGCACAUCUGUCAACCGAGAUUCCCCGAAAUAUCCCGGCCCUGGAUAGCAAUAUGUUUGUGCAGCAUAACGCUGUUCAAUGGCAGGAACCAUCCGACUUGAUAUUCGAACCGUCUCCUGUGUGGUUGGAUAACGAUAACAUGAUGGUCGACGAGACCUCCAAGAUUUUCCUACGGAACAUCCUCCAGAAGAGCAAACCAUUGAUCAAUCAGCUAAAAACGGACGCCACUACCAAAAGGCGGGAGGUAGAGAAUGUGAAGAAGGUGCGGCAGAAUAUUCGGGAGGGAAAAGAUAAACGUGAUGAGGUCGACUGUGUGCGGUCUCAAUUUGCCGUUCAGGAAGAGGUCCACGCCAUUGAAAGGAAACGAUUGACGGCUGAGGUGGAAACCUCGACCAUUUUAGCGGUUGUUGGUGAUCUCAGCAUGUAUGGAAAAAGCCAUGCCUUCAAAUCGGAAACUUUCAAGAUCCCGACCAACUGCGAUCUCUGUGGCGAUCGCAUAUGGGGUCUCAGUGCAAAGGGUUUCAUUUGCACAGAUUGUGGAUUUACAUGUCAUAGUAAAUGCCAAAUGAAAGUACCUGCCGAUUGUCCGGGAGAGCAGACAAAGGAAGAGAAAAAGAAGUUGAAGGUUGAGAGACAGGCUGCAGCGACUGCCGCAGUGGAGGCUCCCAUUCCUGCUUCGAAUGGAGUGGGCUCUCCACCGCCCUUGACGAGGCAGGACACAAUGAACAGUCUCUCUUCCGGAUAUGCUGCGAGUGCGACCCGCUCCUUGUCGGGAAACAUCCCUCGUUCUGUAACUCAGGAUGAUACGACACCGACCAACAGCUCUCCUCUCACUUCCGCCCCGUCGAAUGCUAGCUCUACUCCUGCGGCUGGGGCAAGGAGGAAUCGUAUCGUUGCUCCUCCCCCAGCUGCGUAUGUAAGUGCGACUUCACAACCAGCCUCCAAUGGAGAUGGUCAGCCCAAGGCUAAGAUGAUCUAUCCAUACGAGGCACGCGACUCUGGUGAGGUGUCCCUUUCCGAAGGCACAGAGGUUAAGAUUCUUGAGCCCGAUGAUCAAGGCUGGACCAAGGUAAAUGCUGGCUUCGGCAAAGAAGGCCUUGUUCCUUCUGCAUAUCUUGAAGAAUUACCUACCGCAGUCAGCACACCUGCGGGAGAACGUCCACCAUCGUUGUAUUCCAACUCCAGUGCAUCCUUGGCAUCUUCAAGCAUGGCCGCUGCAAAGAAGAAACAAGGCCCGGUGGUUGCUCCGAGACGGGGCGCAAAGAAAGUGAAAUACGCUGAAGCAUUAUACGACUACACGGCACAGAGUGAUGCCGAGUUCGAUAUGACAGAAGGCGAAAGAUUCAUUUUGAUCAGUAUGGGCACGGGGGAUGGCUGGGCCGACGUGGAAAAGAAUGGGGAGACACGAAGUGUUCCAGCAAAUUAUAUACAAGAAGUUUAA